AUGCGGUGGUGUCCGGUACCGUCCGGUUUAAUUCGCCACCUGUUGAUGCUGGAAUUGAAGCGGCUCGACGUGGUGUUGGGUUUGCCCAAUGUCUGCCUUCCCGUUCCUCCUCCUCAAACUCCCCCGAUUCUUCUGCGCGUCGAGCUUCCCUCUGGAAGCCAUUCUCCGGUCCGCCUCCCCUUCCAGUCGCUCCUCCACGUCCGCCGCCUCGUCCGCCACGCGAUGCCUGUGUCGAUUGGCGACGAGUAUCAUUCGUACUCGCCGCAGCCCUUUGCCGUGGGGUCAGCUGCAAUUGCCCCUCUUGCCUCGUCGUCCCCGGCGCUUGCGGCUGUGGGGAUGUCGCCUCUUCCCGCACCUCAAUCUGCGCCGUCGUCGGUGACUCAGGAUGGCCGUGUCCUGGCGCCGGCUGACCCGCCGUGGCGACGUUGCCCGCCCCUGGCGUGGCGCCUGGUCCUGCGCCCGCGUUGUCACUUGCUCCCGGGCUCGCCCCGGUGUCCGCUCCCGCCCCUGCCCCUGGGCCUGUUGCAGCGUCUGAUCCUGCGCACGCCUCUGCGCCUGCGCCGGUGGUUCCACCUGUCCCCAUGCCGGCGCCCGUGCCUGUGGUUGCGGCGUCGUCUGCAGCUGCUGGACGCCUCUGCGCCGCCGCUGGUCGCGCCUGUCGUGGUGCCUUCUGGUGUUGUUGGGGCGGACCCGACGUACCAGCCACUUCCAGCUACCAGCGCCAGCCUGAGCUGA